CACAGGCUUCAAGAAUAAUGGUAAACAGGGAAGCAACGUCCUGUGCAAAUUUUUACACAGACUCAGAGAGGAACACUAAAAUUGGUUAAAUUUCAAUCAAUUUUGAUCUCCAACCUAAGUAUGGAAUACCCUUUUCCCCCUAAGGGAAGAGGAAUUGAGCUUUGGGAAUCACCUAGAGCUCAGUUGGAAGGAUCAACAUCAUUAGAUGGUAGAAUGAGCAAUUCAAUGUCAGAGGAUUUGCCUAACAGCUUCUCCGAGCUCAUGAACUUUGAUACUUAUGCUGGUUUGUGCAAUAGCCCAUCCAUGACUGAUCAACUUUUGGCUAAUGGGCUUCCAUCAUUUGCCUCACUACCAUAUCCAUCGCCUGGUGAAUUCAAUCCGGUGGAACAAAACAGUGAGCAAUUCUUUAUGAAUGGAGUUGGUGGAAAUUACAAUGAUAGGGAAAGCUCCCCCACGUAUGGAGAGAAGUUAGUGUUUCAGCAAAUGGACACCCUACUUGGUUUCUUAGAUGACACAAAUGAUGCAAAUAACUUAAAUUAUAAGCAAAAAAUUCAUGGCCCUUCUCAACAUCUUAAUACCUUUGAUAUGGGCAAUCACAUAAUUUCUAGGCCACCUGGUUUGUCACUUGAUGAGAGAAUGCUUAAGGCUUUGUCUUUCUUUAAGGAAUCAGCUGGUGGUGGAAUAUUGGCACAAGUUUGGGUUCCCAUACAACAUGGUGAUCAAUUUGUCUUAAGCACGAGCGAGCAACCUUAUUUGCUAGACCAAUUGCUUGCAGGGUAUCGUGAAGUGUCAAGGACAUUUACAUUUUCUGCAGGAGGAAAUUCACGUAGUUUCCCAGGACUUCCUGGUCGUGUGUUUAUCUCCAAAGUUCCUGAGUGGACUUCCAAUGUUGGUUAUUACAGUAAGAGUGAGUACUUGAGGGUUGAGCAUGCAAUUCAUCAUGAGGUUCGUGGAUCAAUUGCUUUUCCCAUAUUCGAUCUGCACUCUGAAGUGCCAUGCUGUGCUGUACUGGAACUAGUCACUAAAAAGGAAAAGCCUGAUUUUGACAGAGAAUUGGAAGUUGUUUGCCGUGCACUCCAGCUUGUAAAUUUAAGGACUACUUUGCCUCUUCGAUUGCUUCCCGAGUGUCUUUCAAAUAACAAAAGAGCUGCUUUAACAGAGAUAGUUGAUGUGUUACGAUCUGUAUGUCAUGCACAUAGAUUGCCCCUGGCACUGACAUGGAUUCCCUGUUAUUACACUGAGGACACAGGAGGUGGAGCAACAAAUAUUCGAAUUAAAGAGGGUCAAUCAAGUUCUGGUGAAAAAAGCAUAUUGUGCAUCGAGGAAUCAGCUUGCUAUAUAACUGAUAGAGCGAUGGAAGGAUUUGUUCAUGCAUGCAUUGAACAUCAACUUGAGGAAGGGAAAGGUUUAGCCGGGAAAGCUCUUCAAUCCAAUCAUCCUUUCUUCUUUCCUGAUGUGAAGGCGUAUGAUAUUUGUGAAUAUCCACUUGUCCAUCAUGCACGCAAGUAUAAUUUGAAUGCUGCGGUUGCAAUUAAGCUAAGGAGCACCUACACUAAUGAUGAUGAUUACAUAUUGGAAUUCUUUCUGCCUGUCAGUAUGAGAGGGAGUUCAGAGCAACAACUUUUAUUGGACAACCUCUCAAGUACCAUGCAGAGAAUUUGUAGGAGUUUGAGGACAGUUUCAGAAACUGAAGUACCUGGAAUAGAAUGCUCACAAGCGGGGUUUGAAAAGGAAAAUGUUAACCAUGAUUCUAUCCGGAAGACGCCAUUGAAGGCAUCGAACCUGAGAAACAAUGGAAUUGAGCCUUCUCGUACCCAGGAAAGAAAUGGAUCAAGAAGACAGGUGAAAAAGAGAAGCACAUCAGAGAGGAAUGUUAGCUUGAGUGUUCUCCAACAGUACUUUUCUGGUAGUCUGAAGGAUGCUGCAAAAAGCAUUGGUGUUUGCCCAACAACUCUGAAAAGGAUAUGCAGGCAACAUGGAAUUUCAAGAUGGCCAUCCCGCAAGAUUAAUAAAGUGAAUCAUUCAUUGAAGAAAAUUCAGACUGUGCUUGACUCUGUCCAUGGAGUGGAAGGAGGGUUGAAGUUUGAUCCUCGAAUGGCGGCGUUCGUGGCAGGAGGUUCAAUCAUCCAAGAAACUGAUGCACAUAAAAGUCUUCUCUUCCCUGAAAAGUGUACUAUAAAAGACCAAGGGCCUGUUACACAAGAUGCAGUCUCAGUACUGCCUGCACCUUGUAGUGACAGUGAGAAUUCGACUAUUAAGUUGGAGGGAAAAUUGAAGAAAACCAAUGCCUCUUCAGUUGAUUGUAGUGAAGAUUCAAAAUCAGUGGCAAUGGAUUGUCCUGAACAAGCUUCUUUGGGUUCUGUUCUUGCAAAAGAAGGUGAUAAAUGGGUUCUGAACAAGGGUGGUUUGAGUUUAGAAAAAUCUAAACGCUUGAUGGCUUAUGAGAUGGACAUUGGUGUUGAUGGGGAUGAUGGGGUUGUUGAACUUGAACAUCACCACCAUACUUCUUCAAGCUUGACAAACUCAUCUAAUGGCUCUGGUUCAAUGAUGCAUGACUAUUAUUCGUCAAGUUCUCAGAGCUUUGAGAACCAGAAGCAUUCUAAAGUCAUAUCAACCAUUGUGGAUAGUGAUUCAAAAAUUAUUGUCAAAGCUACCUAUAGAGAAGACACCAUUCGUUUCAAGUUUGAUCCGUCCGCAGGUUGUUUCAAGCUAUAUGAAGAAGUUGCAGCAAGAUUCAAAUUACAAAAUGGGUCAUUCCAGCUCAAAUAUCUAGAUGAUGAAGAAGAGUGGGUGAUGUUGGUGAAUGAUGCGGAUUUGCAAGAGUGUAUAGAUAUAUUGGAUGAUAUUGGAAAACGUAUUGUGAGGUUUCUUGUUCGUGAUAUGCCUUCCAUUGCUCUGGCAACUCAUAGCACAUCAGAUGAUGGAUGAUUUCAAUAUCACAAUUAAAGUCUUGCUUUCACAAGAUUUUGUUAAUUUUUCACAAUCUUUAUGAGGGUUCUGAAUGUGGAGGAGUUUAAAUUUUGUUAGCCACUUAUGCCAGUUGCAAAGAUUCAUUUCUGAGUGGCUUUUUGGAAGAUAGAAAGAUAACAACGUAUAUGGGAGCACUUGCAUGUUAAAUAUAUAGUUCUUAUAUGUCAGCAUAGCAGCAGCACAGAAUUUUAGUAGUAGUUAGGACCGAGGUAAAUAGCUCUGCA